CCCAUCUCCUGCUGCUUUUUUGCCGCUCGCGAAAACCGACGUCCAUUUCACUAUUCCCAAACGUAUACUCCUCUCUUUCAUCGAUCUUCCCACUCUUUCAAAGUAAAAUGGCUGAACAGGCAGGAUCGGAGCCAUCACCACCUUCGUUUGAUUAUAUGCUCUACGAAGGGGAUCCUGAACAUCUUCGAACCGUUGUAGCUACACCAAGUGAACCCAGUCCUCGGAUAGAUCCUUCUUUGUUGAAACUUAAGCAUCGGAUUGGACAUGGACCUUUUGGUGAUGUCUGGUUGGCUACACAUCAUCAAUCAGCACAUGAUUAUGACGAGUAUCAUGAAGUGGCCAUGAAGAUGUUACAUCCUGUAAAGGAGGAAGACAUGCCAAAGUUUUUGGUUAAGUUUGAGGAGUUAUUCCUGAGGUUCCGUAAACUCCCAAGUGUUUGUUGGUUGCAUGGUAUCUCUGUCAUAUCUGGAAAGGCCUCUCCACAUAUCUGCAUUGCCAUGAAAUUUUAUGAGGGAUCAGUGGGUGAUCGAAUGGCAAAGCUAAAAGGAGGAAAGCUUCCAUUGCCUGAUGUACUGAGGUAUGGUGUGGGGUUAGCUAAAGGAAUCCAUGAAGUGCACUCGUUAAACAUCUUGGUGUUGAAUAUAAAGCCAACUAAUCUUCUUCUUGAUGAACAUGAUCAAGUGGUCCUCGGAGAUUUUGGGAUCCCAUUUCUUCUUCUCGGGCUUCAACUGCCUGACCCGGAUAUGUCUCUUAGGCUUGGAUCCCCGAACUACAUGGCUCCAGAACAAUGGCAGCCAGAAGUCAGAGGUCCAAUAAGCAUUGAGACUGAUAGUUGGGGAUUUGGAUGCUGCAUAUUGGAGAUGUUGACUGGUGUGCAACCUUGGUUCGGUAAAUCUGUCGGCGAGAUAUACAACUCUGUCGUGUUAAAGCAAGAAAAACCGCAGCUUCCAAGUGGUCUGCCUCCUGCAGUUGAAAAUGUUCUUAAUGGCUGUUUUGAGUAUGAUCUUCGCAAUCGACCACUUAUUGGAGAUAUUCUGCGUGCCUUUGAAAGUUCGCUUGAUGCUGUGUUCAACGAAGGAGAGUGGAUUGGUCUAGGGAGCAGAAUAUCACCCGAUAGAACGCUCGGAAGUGGCUACUCCACAUGGUUUCUUACAAAAGAUCAUCUGCAAGUCGGCGAUGUUGUUCGAUCUCGAAAAACACACAACAAUUGCAAACCUCAAAACAUGGCUGUGGCAGAAGGAACCGUAGUUGGUUUGGAAAAAGAUACCGACCGAGAUGGGUUUGUUCUGGUUCGAGUCCAAGGAAUCCACAACCCUUUGAGGGUUAACAUCACCACUCUCGAAAGGGUCACCUCUGGCUUAGCGGCUGGGGUUUGGGUGCAUUUGGUGGAGGAGAAAAGGAACCACUCGUCUAUAGGCAUUCUACACUCGAUCGAGCGUGAUGGAAGUGUUAGCGUUGGUUUCAUAGGACUCGAGACUCUAUGGGAAGGACAAAGUUCGCAGCUCCAAAUGGCAAAGCCGUUUUGCGUUGGACAGUUCGUGAGGUUGAAGAGAAACGUCAUUACCCCUCGGUUUCCAUGGCUGCAUAAACGAGAGGGAACAUGGGACACCGGUAAGAUUUCACAAAUACUCCCGAAUGGGUGUCUUAUUGUGCGAUUUCCGGGGAGGUUCGUUUUCAAAGGUGAACGGAGCUCGUUUUUAGCCGAUCCGGCUGAAGUUGAACACGUUUCUUUCGAUACAUGUCCAACUUUGGUCGAUAAGUUUCAGCAUGUUGAGGAUUAUCACUGGGCCGUGAGGCCGUUGACGAUUGCGUUCGGUGUGCUUACGGCUAUGAAGUUUGGUUUCUUCGUGGGCCAUAGUGUUGGCGCUAGAAUCAAGAAAGGUCGUACGAGUCGGGUACAUAGCGGUGGUGGCGGUGGCGGCAACCAAGAUGGGCAGAACAGUGGCGGGAAGUCGAAGUGGCUUCCGUCACCUGUUGCAAACAUGCUAUCUAGAGAAGGUGCUUCACCUGCUGUUACAGCCAGAUGAUUUCAUUUUUAUCUGAAUGGGAUUUACUGGAUUCGUUUGGUUUUGAUUAUUCAGAUUUUUUAUCUGGAAAUCGAAUGGACAAGAAACGGAUGCCAAGUGCUUAGUUAAAAGUUGUUUAUAUUGUAAAUACAUGCAACCUUUUAUAUUUCAAUUAAAUGUGUUCUUAUAGCUC